AAGGCGACGUGGGUAGGAGGAGAGGACGGAGGGAGGAGGAAGGAUGGGCGGUGUUGGCGUAGCCGCAGGGAGGUGACUGGAGAGAGCCUGGCCCCUUGCAUCCUCCCCCUGUGUACCUCCCUCCCCUUUUUUUCCGCCUUCUGCCAGCAGAAGCAGCAGCCGCAGCACCUGAGCCGCUACUGCCGCUCACUCAGGACGACGCUAUGGCUGAGCCUGGGCACAGCCACCAUCUCUCCGCCAGAGGCAGGGGAAGAACUGAGAGGCGCAUACCCCGGCUGUUGCGGCUGCUGCUCUGGGCUGGGACCGCCUUCCAGGUGACCCAGGGAACGGGACCGGAGCUUCACGCCUGCAAAGAGUCUGAGUACCACUAUGAGUACACGGCGUGUGACAGCACGGGUUCCAGGUGGAGGGUCGCCGUGCCGCAUACCCCGGGCCUGUGCACCAGCCUGCCCGACCCCGUCAAGGGCACCGAGUGCUCCUUCUCCUGCAACGCCGGGGAGUUUCUGGAUAUGAAGAACCAGUCGUGUAAGCCAUGCGCUGAGGGCCGCUACUCCCUUGGCACAGGCAUUCGGUUUGAUGAGUGGGAUGAGCUGCCCCAUGGCUUUGCCAGCCUCUCAGCCAACAUGGAGCUGGAUGAAAGUGCUGCUGAGUCCACCGGGAACUGUACUUCGUCCAAGUGGGUUCCCCAGGGCGACUACAUCGCCUCCAACACGGACGAAUGCACAGCCACACUGAUGUACGCCGUCAACCUGAAGCAAUCCGGCACUGUUAACUUCGAAUACUACUACCCAGACUCCAGCAUCAUCUUUGAGUUUUUCGUUCAGAAUGACCAGUGCCAGCCCAAUGCAGAUGACUCCAGGUGGAUGAAGACCACAGAGAAAGGAUGGGAAUUCCACAGUGUGGAGCUAAAUCGAGGCAAUAAUGUCCUCUAUUGGAGAACCACAGCCUUCUCAGUAUGGUCCAAAGUAUCCAAGCCUGUGCUGGUGAGAAACAUCGCCAUAACAGGGGUGGCCUACACUUCAGAAUGCUUCCCCUGCAAACCCGGCACGUAUGCAGACAAGCAGGGCUCCUCUUUCUGCAAACUUUGCCCAGCCAACUCUUAUUCAAAUAAAGGAGAAACUUCUUGCCACCAGUGUGACCCUGACAAAUACUCAGAGAAAGGAUCCUCUUCCUGUAACACGCGCCCAGCUUGCACAGACAAAGAUUAUUUCUACACACACACGGCCUGUGAUGCCAACGGAGAGACACAGCUCAUGUACAAAUGGGCCAAGCCGAAAAUCUGUAGCGAGGACCUUGAGGGGGCAGUGAAGCUGCCUGCCUCUGGUGUGAAGACCCACUGCCCACCCUGCAACCCAGGCUUCUUCAAAACCAACAACAGCACCUGCCAGCCCUGCCCUUACGGUUCCUACUCCAAUGGCUCAGAUUGUACCCGCUGCCCUGCAGGGACUGAACCUGCUGUGGGAUUUGAAUACAAAUGGUGGAACACGCUGCCCACAAACAUGGAAACAACCGUUCUCAGUGGGAUCAACUUCGAGUACAAGGGCAUGACAGGCUGGGAGGUGGCUGGUGAUCACAUUUACACAGCUGCUGGAGCCUCAGACAAUGACUUCAUGAUUCUCACUCUGGUUGUGCCAGGAUUUAGACCUCCACAGUCGGUGAUGGCAGACACAGAGAAUAAAGAGGUGGCCAGAAUCACAUUUGUCUUUGAGACCCUCUGUUCUAUGAACUGUGAGCUCUACUUCAUGGUGGGUGUGAAUUCUAGGACCAACACUCCCGUGGAGACGUGGAAGGGUUCCAAAGGCAAACAGUCCUAUACCUACAUCAUUGAGGAGAACACUACCACGAGCUUCACCUGGGCCUUCCAGAGGACCACUUUUCAUGAGGCAAGCAGGAAGUACACCAAUGACGUUGCCAAGAUCUACUCCAUCAAUGUCACCAAUGUUAUGAAUGGCGUGGCCUCCUACUGCCGUCCCUGUGCCCUAGAAGCCUCUGAUGUGGGCUCCUCCUGCACCUCUUGUCCUGCUGGUUACUAUAUUGACCGAGAUUCAGGAACCUGCCACUCCUGCCCCACUAACACAAUUCUGAAAGCCCACCAGCCUUAUGGUGUCCAGGCCUGUGUGCCCUGUGGUCCAGGGACUAAGAACAACAAGAUCCACUCUCUGUGCUACAACGAUUGCACCUUCUCACGCAACACUCCGACCAGGACUUUCAACUACAACUUCUCCGCUUUGGCAAACACUGUCACUCUUGCUGGAGGGCCAAGCUUCACUUCCAAAGGGCUGAAAUACUUCCAUCACUUUACCCUCAGUCUCUGUGGAAACCAGGGUAGGAAAAUGUCUGUGUGCACCGACAAUGUCACUGACCUCCGGAUUCCUGAGGGUGAGUCAGGGUUCUCCAAAUCUAUCACAGCCUACGUCUGCCAGGCAGUCAUCAUCCCCCCAGAGAUGACAGGCUACAAGGCCGGGGUUUCCUCACAGCCUGUCAGCCUUGCUGAUCGACUUAUUGGGGUGACAACAGAUAUGACUCUGGAUGGAAUCACCUCCCCAGCUGAACUUUUCCACCCGGAGUCCUUGGGAAUACCGGACGUGAUCUUCUUUUAUAGGUCCAAUGAUGUGACCCAGUCCUGCAGUUCUGGGAGAUCAACCACCAUCCGCAUCAGGUGCAGUCCACAGAAAACUGUCCCCGGAAGUUUGCUGCUGCCAGGAACGUGCUCGGAUGGGACCUGUGAUGGCUGCAACUUCCACUUCCUGUGGGAGAGCGCGGCUGCUUGCCCGCUCUGCUCAGUGGCUGACUACCACGCUAUCGUCAGCAGCUGUGUGGCUGGGAUCCAGAAGACUACUUACGUGUGGCGAGAACCCAAGCUAUGCUCUGGUGGCAUUUCUCUGCCUGAGCAGAGAGUCACCAUCUGCAAAACCAUAGAUUUCUGGCUGAAAGUGGGCAUCUCUGCAGGCACCUGUACUGCCAUCCUGCUCACCGUCUUGACCUGCUACUUUUGGAAAAAGAAUCAAAAACUAGAGUACAAGUACUCCAAGCUGGUAAUGAAUGCUACUCUCAAGGACUGUGACCUGCCAGCAGCUGACAGCUGCGCCAUCAUGGAAGGCGAGGAUGUAGAGGACGACCUCAUCUUUACCAGCAAGAAGUCACUCUUUGGGAAGAUCAAAUCAUUUACCUCCAAGCCAGCUCCUGUCACCAUCUCUCUUUCAGAGGACUCCUGAUGGAUUUGACUCAGUGCCACUGAAGACAUCCUCAGGAGGCCCAGACAUGGACCUGUGAGAGGCACUGCCUGCCUCACCUGCCUCCUCACCUCGCAUAGCACCUUUGCAAGCCUGCGGCGAUUUGGGUGCCAGCAUCCUGCAACACCCACUGCUGGAAAUCUCUUCAUUGUGGCCUUAUCAGAUGUUUGAAUUUCAGAUCUUUUUUUUAUAGAGUACCCAAACCCUCCUUUCUGCUUGCCUCAAACCUGCCAAAUAUACCCACACUUUGUUUGUAAAUUA